UUCUUUUUUCGCACAUGGAACAUACUUGUUUCUUUUUUGAGUUUGUGUCCCGUCGGCCCUGGGAUUUUCAGCCAAUAUCAAGCAAUUGCUAAAACAAGCACAUCGCUGCGUCAAGCAAGUCUUCAUAACCUCAUCUACUUCCUGUCGCAAAUCGAUUAUUUGCCAAGUUCCUCCCUCUAUCUGCGAAAACCGCCUCGAAUGCUCAGACAAAGCGCCUGCUCUGAUACCCAGCAGGUUGCAUUGCCUAUCAGAUUAAUGCAACGUCAGUCUAUGCAUAACAGGAAACCUUGA